AUGAAAGGCGCAGCCCUGUGCUCUUGGGCCGCUCUGCUGCUCCUCAGCCUGCGGGGGCCAGCAGGCGGGCACCCGCUGUCCAGCAAAUACUCCAGCCGGGAGCUCCAGUCCCUGCAGGACCUCAUUGAGCGGCUGAAGGAGAAGAUUCAGGGGGAGGAAGGGGGGCCGCUGGAGCUGGAGAGUCUGGACUACGGGGCGGAAGACGACGACCCUAGCUGGGACCUUGCUGAGCCGGCCAGCAGCCCCGCUGCCCAGCUCCAGCCCCGGGAUCCCGUGGAGAGUCAGUGGAGGAACCUCCUUGCUUCUCCCAGGAGGAUGAGGCACUUCUCUGGGUGUUUUGGGACCAGGAUCGAGAGGAUCGGCUCUCAGACAGGACUUGGGUGCAACAUCUUCAAAGCCCGUUCCUGGAAGAGGCGAUCGAGAAGCUGA